CACACACAUGGUGGGUCAUCUCCCACCCAAAUCUGUUGUCAUCUCAUGCAGCAACGCAUCCGCCUCCUGUCUCACUCUUGCAAGCUCCUCCAUGUUCUCUCUCGUUUGCGCCUGUCUCGCCUCUAUCCUCUGCUGCAUCUCCUCAGCCCUCCUCUGCAGCUUCGUUGCCGACUGCUCAAGUGCUGCGUGUCUCUCCGCCAUGCUUGUCCGCUCUUUCGUCUGGAUGACGUCCUGUGCAUGGAGGCUGGCUGCUUCCGCGAGGGUUCUCUCCUGUUGUCUCAUGUAAGCUCCCAAGCUGCCCCUCGCACCGAUGUGCUGCAGCUCCCUUGUUCUCUCCAACACGUGGGCGAUAUUCUCUCGCCAUCUCUCUCGGCACUCUUGCAGGUUGUUCCGAUGUCUCGCAGCCUCGAUGAGCAGCCACGCGGCCUCGGAUGUGACUGUUUCGAUGCCCAGAUGUUGACCGUCUUUGCCCGGAACCCUUGCGGAGAGAUCUCUUGUGUGUGGCGGCGCUGCCUUCUGAGUGGAAGCCAGCACGAAGGGCGACGUGGCAAGGGCCGCCACAGACGGAUAACUGCACCUCUGAAGGUCCUGCACAUGAAAGCAAGCGGCACAAAUGAGUGGACGUGAUGACCACCCCAUGGUGCCCCUGUGUCAGUGUCUGCCUACCCGCACACAUCGGCUAAGCGUCCGGCAGGUGUCGUACGUCUUGACGCUGGCAGCCCGACAAAGGGAGAAUUCGUUGUUGAGAGAGUGGAUGUGGCCCUUCCACCGCCGCAAGAGAACAUCGGCAUCCGCCUCAGAUCGCGGAAUAGGGGCUCUGUUGGUGUCCAUCGAUAUCUGUCUGGG